CAGUUCCGCCUGCGCCAUGAUGAAGGCGGGCCCGCGAAUGCCGGGAGCAGAGAGAUAUUUACAUAUUAAAAGGAUGAAAGAAAGAGAGAUGAAAAGCACCCCCAGACAGGACCGGGUGUGGGGGGGCAUAUGGCACAGUUGUUUCCAAUACACAGUUACCGCGCUUAAGCGCCAAGAGCGCGCAGGCGGCCGUGCGUAAAGGCAGUUGGAGCGCACGGGGCGGAUCCCGGGCGCCCCCCGCGCUGUAACUCGGGGGAGGAACACGGCGCCAGGAUGGCCCUGAUCCGCAUUCCCGGGGGGCUCUGGGCUGUAAGCUCCAGCUCAUCCGGGGGUCCCCAUUUCCCGGUUCCGCCAGGGUUGCGGAAUGAGCUGUUCGGACGUUCAGAGGGGACGUGCCCCGGGGGGACCCGGACUGAGGCGUGGCCAGAGAGCUCGUCGCUGGGCCCAGGAGAGGGCGGCGGAGGGGAGCUCAGAGCUGCGGGACCGGAGUUUCGCUGAUGCCGGGGACAGAGGGACAGCUUGUUUGAGUGAGUCAAGGUCUCAUCUCGCCGUUCCGUGUGCGUGUGUGGUCUGUGGGGUUCAGCGUGGACAGAUAACAGAAUCGGAAGCUAUGACACAGCCCUCCUGUGACCGGAACCUCCGGCUGUGGGUGUCGCUGUGUGGCCUCUUUGGGAGCCUCCGGGGGACGUUCGUGACCAGGAAUUCGAGGCCCAAUAUUGUCCUGUUGAUGGCGGAUGACCUGGGGAUUGGAGAUCUAUGUUGCUACGGCAACAACACAGUCAGCACCCCCAACAUCGACCGCCUGGCCAGGGAGGGAGUGAUGCUCACCCAGCACCUGGCCGCCGCCUCCAUGUGCACCCCAAGUCGGGCCGCCUUCCUGACCGGCCGCUACCCCAUUCGAUCAGGGAUGGCGUCGGCCUUCAACAUGCACCGCGGCCUCGUCUGGCUGGGGGGCUCCGGCGGUCUCCCCACCAACGAGACGACGUUCGCCAAGCUCCUGCAAGAUCGCGGCUAUCGUACGGGACUCAUAGGAAAGUGGCACCAGGGCCUGAGCUGUGCCUCCCGGGGCGACCACUGCUACCACCCCCUGAACCACGGGUUCGACUACUUCUACGGGAUGCCCUUCGGGCUCCUGAGCGACUGCCGGCCGUCCGAGACGCCAGAGCUGCACCGCCGGCUGAGGAUCACGCUGGGCGUCACCACGGCCGCCCUGGCCCUGGUCCCCGUCCUGCUGCUCGUCCCCACCUGCGCCCGCUGGUUCGUGGUCCCCUGGGGGCUCGUCCUGGCCAUGGCCCUCCUGGUGCUGCUGUUCUUCCUGGGCUGGUACUCCAGCUAUGGGUUCGUCCGGCGCUGGAACUGUGUGCUGAUGCGGAACCAUGACAUCAUGCAGCAGCCCGUGAGGGAGGAGCGGGUGUCGUCGCUGCUGCUCAGGGAGGCGCUGGCCUUCGUCCGCAGGAAUAUGGGGGGACCCUUCCUCCUGUUUGUGUCUUUUCUGCACGUCCACACACCGCUGAUCACCAAGGAGACGUUUGUGGGGCACAGCAAGUACGGUCGCUAUGGCGACAACGUGGAGGAAAUGGAUUGGAUGGUGGGUAAGAUCCUGGAGGUCCUGGACCGGGAGGGCCUGGCCAAUCACACGCUGGUGUACUUCACCUCGGACCACGGGGGCAGCCUGGAGGCGCAGGCCCGCGGGGCACAGCUGGGCGGCUGGAACGGGGUCUACAAAGGAGGGAAAGGGAUGGGCGGAUGGGAAGGGGGCAUCCGCGUCCCCGGAAUAUUCCGCUGGCCGGCCGUGCUGGAGGCUGGGAGAGUCGUUGACGAGCCCACCAGCCUCAUGGACAUCUACCCAACGCUGUCUUACGUCGCUGGAGGAAUUUUGCCCGUGGACAGAAUGAUCGACGGCCAGAACCUGAUGCCAUUGCUGGAGGGCCGGGUGCGCCACUCGAACCACGAGUUCCUCUUCCACUACUGUGGGGUGUACCUGCACGCCGUCAGGUGGCACCAGAAGGACUGUGGCACCGUGUGGAAGGUUCAUUACGUGACGCCCACGUUUUCGCCGGCGGGAGCCGGCGCCUGCUAUGCCCGUGGGAUCUGCUCCUGCACGGGAGACGUCACCUUCCACGAUCCCCCCCUGGUCUUCGAUAUCUCGAGAGACCCCUCCGAGAGCCACCCUCUCAGCCCGGACAACGAGGCAUUAUUUGACUCCGUGGUCCAGAAAGUCGAGGAGGCCGUCCGCGCGCACCGUCGCACGCUCGCCCCGGCCCCCCAGCAGCUGUCCGUGUUCAACUCCCUCUGGAAGCCGUGGCUGCAGCCCUGCUGUGGGAACUUUCCCCUCUGCGGGUGCGACAAGGAAGACGACAUGGAACCCAGUGUGUGAGGAGCAGACUGGGGAUGCUUGUUACCAAGCGGCAACGCGCUGUUGCAAAGGUCGGCGGGAGCCGUGCUCGGCUGACUCGCUAGAUCCGUUUGAAAUCCAGGAUGAUGCCCUAGCCCUGGCCGGUGUGGCUCAGUGGAUAGAGCGUCGGACUGAGGGCCAAAAGGGUCUCGGGUUCGAUUCCGGUCGAGGCCACUUGCCUUGGUGGAUGGCUCUUCCCCCGCCCGGGCCCUGGUCGGGAUGCGUGCAGAAGGCAACCAACCAAUGUGUUUCUGUCACAUCGAUGGUUCUCUCUGUCUCUCCCUCUC